UGUGUGUGUCUCUCUGUCUGUCUGUGCAAACAUCUCCCAUAGUUGAAUUGACCCCACGAUUCCAUUCCGCAAAGAAACAAAAAAGGUCCUUCCUUAUAUUUGUUCUCAAAUUUUUCUCCCUUUCCUUUUGCUUUUUUCUGUCUUUUUGGGAUUCUUCAUAGCUCAGUACACACACAUACCUAUCUCAAGAUUGUCACACAACGUACUUGGUUGACCGGAACAAGAAAUUUGUUUAUUUGUGUGAGCAGCUGCUCCAGUGGCAGUGCGCUAUCCGAAAGUUAUCAUCGACACCAACAUCAGCAUCGACACCGACACCGACAAAACAGCGCAAAAGCCUAAGCAACAACGAUAAAUAAAAACAAAACAAAGACAAAAAAACAUGGAUCCUACCAAGGUCAAAAUUCCUCCAUUGAUGGACUUGAACAUCGACAACAUUACCGAGAACGUCAUCCGGAUCAAUUCCAACAACCCGGAUGCACGUAUGAAGUAUGUCCUUGAAAGACUCGUCGUGCAUUUGCAUGACUUUGCUCGCGAGACGAGGUUGAGCACUGGCGAGUGGAUGGCUGGGAUUCAAUUCCUGACAAAGACUGGUCAGAUUUGUACGGAUGUCAGACAGGAAUUCAUUCUUCUGUCCGACAUCUUUGGCCUUUCGUUGCUGGUCGACUCGAUCGACCACCCCAAACCGGCCGACUCGACCGAAGGGACCGUCCUGGGUCCCUUCCACACCCACGAGGCCGAACACAUGAGCAACGGCGAGCUGAUGUCUCACGACAAGAACGGCGAGCCCCUGCUGGUCUUGUGCACCAUCAAGGACGUCAACGGCAAGCCCGUCGAGGGCGUCAAGAUCGACAUCUGGGAGACGGAUUCCUCGGGCCACUACGACGUCCAGCACGCCGACAGGGACGGCCCCGACGGCCGCUGCGUCAUGACCAGUGACCCCCAGGGCGCGUUUUGGUUCAACGCCAUCGUCCCCGUCCCCUACCCCAUCCCCCACGACGGACCCGUCGGUCAACUUUUGAUGAAGUUGGGGAGGCAUCCCAUGAGACCCGCCCACAUGCAUUUCAUGUUCGAAAAGGAGGGUUACGAUCAUUUGAUCACCGCCCUGUACCUCAGAAAUGACCCGUACGAAAACUCGGACGCCGUGUUUGGCGUCAAGACUCCGCUCGUCGUCGACCUGGGUAAAGUCGACAAGGCGACGGCGGAGAAAUACGGUGUCCAGGAAGGGACGGCAUUGAUGACGUACGACUUUGUCCUGGUCUCGGAAAAGGAGAGUGCAGAACUCAGAGCCGAGAAUUCGAGAAAGGCUCUGGAGAAGUUGGGUAGAAGGGUGAAGAUUGUACAAGGAUUGCCAGUGCCAGACGUUGAUUAAAGCAGUGCAAAGGUAGUCGGAUGUUGUUUACGACAUAUAGGAUGAGAACGAGAAUGAGAGAGUGUGUGUGUGUCAUGUUUUGCAUAGCUGGAUGUAAAUGGUACCUGUCACUAUUGUAUCUGAUGUGAGAGGAUUUAUAAAAAGACCAACAGAUGGUUGGAUGUAUCUUUCGCU